UGCCCUUUCACAAGUCAGCACAUUCCAGGGCACACCUCAAUAUAUUCAAAUAAAACUGAAAAAAUGUGUAAUUCCCCUACUUCAUAUUUACAUCGCUUGUUCCUGGUUAAGCGUCUGAGCCACAGCGAGUGACUGCCAAAGCUACAGCCCUUUGCCCAUCUCUGAGUGAAGGCACGGUCUAUGAUGGCGAGCGCGGCUCCCAGUGACAGUGAGGCUCCAGGGGAGUUGAUCUGCCUCAUCUGCAGGGAGAUUGAUACAUCAUCCUGCUGCCCGAAGUGCCGAGUGACCUUUCCUCAGAGGCCCCAGCUGAAGGACGUCGCGAUCGCCAAGCUGGCGGAGGAGUGUUGUGCCGGAGGGACGAUGGCCACGAUGGUCUGGUGUAACUUCUGCAGUGAUGGCACAACCGCUGCCACAAACACCUGCUUUAAGUGUAAGCUGUCCUAUUGUGCUGCUCAUAUCCUGCCUGAUCUGGGUAGACUCAGCAUCAAUGACCACAUUGUGGUGCAUCCAGGAAGGAGUUCUCAAGAACGAAAGUGCAAGGAGCAAAGAAAGGAGCUCGAACUUUUCCGCAAACAGGACAAGAAAUUGGUCUGCAGAACCUGCACCACGACAGGAGACCACAGGGGUCACAAUGUGGCUACACAGGAUGAGCGUGAACCACCGAAGAAACAAGUCAGGGAGGAGAAGCGAGCAGUGGAGGAGAAGAAGUGGAAGGCGAAGGAGUACGUGAGCCAGAUGGAGGCCGCUCGCAGGGAAGUGAAGGUACCGUGCCUGGGCCGGACUCUCACCCCAUGUCUUUACCACCCCGAGUAGGGUUUUUGAUGGAGGACAACUCCCUUAAUUCACAUAGACUUCCAAAAGCUUGAACCCAUGGUGGGACUAAAGACAAUGGUCAAUGCGAUUCAAUACCUAGACGAAAGCAGCGGAUCUUAUCUCCAAUGAGGAACUAAAUCGAUUGUGGAAAUUCUACAUGCCAUGCAGUCAAUAUCCCCAAACAAACAAACAUUUCAAAUUCUAUAUUGGCCAGAGAUGGCACAUACCUCAAUUUCAACACAGAUACCUCCGUUAACAAAUACACUGGGAAUCAAGCUCCUUUGUAACGAAGUCAGCUGUGGAAGGAUAUUUUUUGCUAAAAUAUUGAAAUAAAUAUCUUUAAAAAAUUUGCAAAGCGAGUCAAGAGUAAAAAGUCUAAUGCUGCGGCAUGCCCUGUAAACACGACUGAGUGGAUAAAGAAUUAAAGCUUUCGUGACUGCAUAAAUUACUCAUUGGUUUUUUCGGUAA